GUUUGUGAAUAUUAGUUAUUUAGUAUCAUUUUAAAUGUGACAUGAGUUAUGUACAGACUUAUGCUUAUAUAUAGGUAAACACAGAAAUGGAUUUAACUUUUAAUUCUACAUUAAUAACAUCGUUAAUUGGCAUUUUAGUAUUAGUUGGUUAUGGAGCCAUUUCGUUCUACCUCUAUAUUCGAAGGGUAGAGAAAGUAUUUGAAGGGUUCAGAACACCCCCGUACCACUGGCUCCUCGGAUCUUUGGCGAAGGCGAAGCUGAGAGCAAAAGCUGUGAAUAGAGAGCGGGUCGAGGUGUAUGAAACCAUGUCACUGUGUACCUUCGAAAUUAUUCUGAAAUGCGCAUUUUCAUGCGAUAGGGACAUCCAGAAAUCGGGAGAUCCAUAUGCGGAAACAGUCGAGCGAAUGACGGCUUCUAUUUUCUACAGAAUCAUUCAUCCGUACUUGCUUUUCGACUUCUUGUACCGCAUCAGCCCAGCUGGCAGACAAUUUAAAAAGGACUGCGACUUUGUCCACAGCUACGCCGAGGAAAUCAUUAACAACCGACGGAAGGCUCUGGAUGAUGGCGAGAAGGUGGGUGGCAAGCGGUAUGUAGAUUUCCUGGACGUUCUACUUACGGCCCGGGACGAGGAGGGCGUAGGACUCUCUCGUCUUGAGAUUAGAAACGAAGUCGACUCAUUCCUGUCUGCGGGCCACGAGACGACAGCGUCGACGGCCUUGUGGGUCCUGUAUUCGUUGGCGAAGAACCCAGAUUAUCAGCUUAAAUGUCAACAGGAAGUGGAUCAAGUGCUCGAGGGGAGGGACUCCGACGUAAUAAAAUGGUCUGACCUGCCCAAGUUUGAGUUCCUGACUCAAUGUAUCAAGGAGGCCAUGCGGCUCCACGGACCGAUCCCUAUAGCAUCUCGUGAUGUUGAAGCGGGCUUUGAGCUUGGAGGCCGAAAACUUCCAGAAGGAACCGUAGUACAGCUCAACAUGGUGGCGCUCCACCACAAAGAGAGUGUUUGGGGCCUUGACCACAUGGAGUUCAAACCAGAACGAUUCUCUCCGGAGAACGUCAGCAAGAUGUCUCCAUUUCAAUUCGUCCCUUUCUCGGCGGGCCAGAGAAACUGCAUCGGCCAGCAUUUUGCAAUGAAUGAAGAAAAGGUUCUUUUAGCAAAAAUGUUACGAAAUUUUACGUUCCGCCUGGACCCAACUCACGUUGUGAAACAGACAUACUCUGGGGUGAUGAGGACAGUUGAUGGGAUGUAUGUGUAUGUGGAGGAGCGGAAUGUGCGGACCGCAGAGGAGUAAAUUGGUGAACCGAGGAAGAGCAAACCUGGUGAACCGGGGAUGAGGAAACAGAAUGGAAGAUAAUAUAUUUUCUAUCCACAGUUAUUGUUAAAUUGUACAAUGCGUAAUGAAUAAUUCAGAAAUU